UUACAGCGCCGAUUGAUAGGGGACACAUGGAUGUGCCGUGCAUAAUGAAUGCUCACUACGGCGAAAACUCUCAUGACCAGAUGGGGAUGCAGCAUCAAUAUUCUUCAAAUCACAUCUCUUCCACAAAUAAUCGUGAUAAUCACUACGGAAGCACUUCACUUAGGCCAGCAGUUGGGCCGCCGAUGUACAUGGCUGGAGGAGCGUAUGACAACCCUUUGCACAAACAACAGCAAACUCGAGUAGACAGUUGGAGUUCGGCGACGCAACAGAAUUCAGGGGUGUCGUCAGGGGAGGUGCAAGACCAGAUGCAUGUCCCAUGGAUCUCUAUGGCAUUCACCAUAGCUCACACGGUUAUUUUGAUCGUAACAAUGCACCAGAACGAUUGCCCCUCUCACACACAAACGGCGUGUUUGAAUCCAUCCUUUCAUAAGUUCGCAAUGCAACCCUUCGACGAAAACCCUCUCCUGGGGCCCUCGGCAAAGACGCUGCUGUCGCUGGGAGCUUUAGAGUCGGACUUGAUAACGAAAUCACGCGAGGGCUGGCGCCUGCUCUCAGCAAUGUGGCUGCACGCUGGGGUGUUGCAUAUCGCAGGAACUGCUUCAGGGAUGCUUCUCCUUGGAAUACCGCUUGAGCGCCAACUGGGAUUUGUGAAGGUUGGAGUCGUAUACAUUCUAAGUGGAUUCCUGGGGAGCGUAAUCUCAGCGUUAAUGGUUCACGGGCGUGUAUCGGUUGGGGCAUCGGGUGCUUUCAUGGGCUUGCUCGGCGCGACGCUGUCGUCCAUCAUCGUCAACUGGAAAUCCUACCGACACCGGUCGAGGGCCUUAAUGGGAGUCAUGUUCUUCACUGCGUUAAAUGCGGUCUUUGGACUCAUGCCCCUCGCUGAUAACUUCAUGCACAUAGGCGGAGCUGUAAUGGGUUUCCUGAUCGGAAACCUCUUCUUCAUCAAGCAAAACUUCCGAUGUUGGAAAUCCUCCAUGGUUUACGAUCGGAAUGACAUGCUCGCAAAACGAAAAAACAUAAUUAUACUUGAUAUCGUGUGGCUGCUCUCGAUCGGCGCCUUAAUUGCAGCCUCUACCAUGGGCUUGUUUGCAUUGUUCUCAGGAAUGGAAAUCAGUAAUGGUUGCUCCUGGUGCCAAUACCUCACGUGCGCUCCCAGCAAGUUCUGGAAGUGCUCUGGAGAUCGCCACCUUGGCUGCAAUCUUUCCUCGGUUGGAUCAGGUUUGCGCGUAACUUGCGCUAGUGGUCAGUACUUCGACUAUUCGACAGUGAGGUAUGCAAACAAGCUCACUUCUGAGAUACAAGGCUUAUGCAUUAAGGCUUGCGUUUGAGAAUUGGAUCAAACUGAAGAAAAAAAAGCGACUUAACGUGAGAAGUUGAUCAGAUCAAGAGAGUUUGUAAGUACUGUUCUUCAAAUGGCAACGCUAGCCACUAUAGCCACCAAACUCACAAGAGGGAAAAAAAUUGCCCAUUUCUGGGUGUCGAGGAUAUGCCCCAUCGUCACCCUCAUUUAAUUAUGAUCAAAUCAACCUGGUUGAGUCGAUCUUUGAUCGAAUUUUGACCACGUGUGGCUGCAUCAUAUUAAUUGAUAGUUGCAAGAAAGGGGCCAAAGGAGAAAUAAGCACGUUUUUGUAUCCUUGAAUCAUACAGCUCAGUAAUCUAAGAGAAUCAAGAUGGAGUUAUAAACUGCAGGUACAAUUUUGUGAUGAAAUUGGUGCACUGCUUUAAUUGCAUGCGCACAGCUAUGGACAUACAGUGUGGUAUGAGGAAGGGUAUACAUAGUAACAAUCGAUAUGAUGUGCUUGGAUACCAAAAAAAAAUUGUUCAUUAAUGACUCCAGGUAGGAUGCAAGUUACACUAAAUAAAGCUAAACUCGCUUUCGCAUAAUCUCAGAAGUCUUCAGCAGACCUGAACACAUUUGUUUUAGGGCGCUUCUCUAGCGGGUAAACUAAUCUUCAGCGAUCCUGGCUCUCCUGGACUACAAUGAGCUCGAUUAGGUUCAAUAACUCCUACGGAUCCCAAUUAAUAUAUAAUGAACUAUACAGAAAUCUGACAUAACCUGUCGGGUAGGAGGAGUUCACUAAACAGCCUUGAGCUCCUCACACAGGACCCUACAUUAAAACUACCUCGUAUCAAUUAAAUAUUUAAGAGAAAACUACUAGGAUAAACGUACAUAAAAACAUCAGAAUAUACAGAACACAUCCUUGCCAAGCGCUGGCAUUUAUCAAUAGAGUUGUCAAUACCUUAAUUAAUGAUUGGCUAUCA